GCUCUGAUGUUCUUUACAUUGGCCCAGUAAAAGGGAAUGUAUAUUCAAGUCCAGGGCUUUAUAGCAAAACCAUGACACCAACUUACGAUUCUCAUGAUGGGAGUCCUUUAUCACCAACUUCAGCUUGGUUUGGAGACAGUGCUUUAUCAGAAGGAAAUCCAGGUAUACUUGCCGUCAGCCAGCCAAUCACCUCCCCAGAAAUCUUAGCCAAAAUGUAUAAGCCACAAUCACUUCUGGAUAAAGCCAAGAUCAACCAGGGAUGGCUUGAUUCUUCAAGAUCACUUAUGGAACAAGAUGUGAAAGAAAAUGAAGCUUUACUACUGCGGUUCAAAUAUUACAGCUUUUUUGAUUUGAAUCCUAAGUAUGAUGCAAUCAGAAUAAAUCAGCUAUAUGAACAAUCAAAAUGGGCUAUUCUUUUGGAAGAAAUCGAGUGCACAGAAGAGGAAAUGAUGAUGUUUGCAGCACUGCAG